CGCACCGUAAGCUUCCGUCCAACGCAUUUAGCGUUUAUCCUGCGUUAUCGAACAGGCAAAAAAGACGUACAAAGUUAUAAAGUUGACUCUCUCCAGUUGACAGCAGAUCCCCGACCUCAAACACCAUGAUUUUACUGACAAUGGUUGCUCGUGUGGCGGACGGACUUCCGCUCGCUGCGUCUGUACAGGAGGAUGAACAGUCAGAAAGAGAUCUCCAGCAGUACCAGAGCCAGGCCAAGCAGCUGUGCCGUAAACUGGACGCUCAGAGUCCAGAACGCUGCACCCUCGAGGCUGGGGACAUGAACUUUCACCUUUUAAUAUCCCAGGGUGUGUGCUACCUGUCCCUCUGCGAGGCUUCUUUUCCCAGAAAGAUGGCUUUUGCAUACCUCGAAGACCUCAGCAAUGAGUUUUAUGACCAGUAUGGAAGGAGAAUACCCACAGUAACCAGGCCCUACUCUUUCAUAGAGUUUGACACCUACAUCCAGAAAGUUAAGAAGUCAUAUGUGGACAGCAGAGCUCGGAGGACCUUGAGCAGUGUUAACACAGAGCUGCAGGACAUCCAGAGAAUUAUGGUUGGAAAUAUUGAGGAGGUCCUGCAGAGAGGAGAAGCUCUUUCUGCUAUCUGCACAAAAGCCAGCAAUCUCUCCAACAUGGCAGAAAAGUACCACAAGGAUGCCAAAUAUCUCAACACUCGCUCCACCUAUGCUAAGUUUGCAGCUGUGGCAGUGUUCUUUGUCACGCUCAUCAUCUACGUGCGUUUCUGGUGGCUCUGAUGUACGUCCAGACAAGGAUUUCGACACGAAGCUGGAGUUUCUCCUCGAAGAGCACUUAAACUCAUGUUACAGUCUGUUAUAUACCAGGGUGCCUUGAAACAGUCUUAAAGACUGUUUCAGUCUUACGGACCUGUGUUGAAUGUAGACGUUCUUUCUGUGAUUUACUCAGUCGUGGGUUAUACAAUAGAAGCUGAGCUGUAAGUCUUUAUUGGGAUGUUUAAUGGGCUUUUGUGUGAUAGAAAGGCUUUUAUAUAUAGUAAAUGUGCAUACUGGAAACAUUAAAGGGGACCCAUCAGGCUCAUUUAUGGUUUCAUAUUUAUAGCUUCAGAGCAGUUUUGCGUGAGUCAAAGUUCAAAUGAAGCUUCUUGAUCUUACGCUGGGCCUCAAUUAAAUUUCAUGCAAGCUUCACCUUUUUUAGCUGACUUUUUUCUCAUUGGCUGCUGCUCAUAAGCAGGUGAGUCUGUGCUCAUAGGCAGAGCUGUGUGCCCGAGGUGACCAGAUUAGAGAUCUGCACUGUUAUAUAUAUAUAUAUAUACAAGAGAAAACAAGCAUGAUAGGUCGCCUUUAAGAGCAGAAAGAGUUCAUGUUUCUAUACACUGAUGUUGGAGAUUCUGUUAGCGUGUUAGCACUGAUGAGAAUCCAUGUAAGCACGUGCAGGGGUUAGAGUCUUAAAACUGUGAUCAAAUGUGAAUGUUUGUUUACAAAGUUUACACAAGCGUGAGAAAGUGUUAUUAAAAAUGUUAAAUAUUUAUCAAGAAAUCAAUCUGCUUGACUUUUCUUUAUAUGACACAAUUUAUGUGAAAAUCUUCAAGGCUUCAGCGCUGACGUGAAGUGAAUAACACUGAUUAUCUCUUCAUCGUGGCAGCUGUUAGUGGGUGGGGAUAUAUUAGGGAGCUAGUGAACAUUUUGUCCUCAAAGCUGGAAAAAUGAGCAGGUGUGAGGUGUUCUCGGUGUGCAGUGGUCAGUAUCUAUCAAAAGUGAUCCAAGGAAGGACCGGUGGUGAACCAGCGACAGGGUUACUGAUGCACUUGUGGUCCAAUCCAACAGAUAUGCUACUGUAGCUCAAAUUACCCAAAAAGUUCAUGCUGGUCCUGAUAGAACCGUGUCAGAAUACAAGGAGCAUCACUUACCAGGGAACAACUGGCAGCAUGAUGCACAAUGGGAGGAAGGCAAGCUGGUGGAGGCAGUGUGAUGCUUUGGGCAAUGCUCUGCUGGGAAACCUGUCAUCCAUGUGGAUGUCACUUUGACACGUACUACCUUCUUAAGUAGAAGACCAUGUGCACCCUUCAUGGAAACAGCAUUCCUUGAUGGCUAUGGCCUCUUUCAGCAGGAUGAUGCGCCCUGCCACAAAGCAGGAAUUUGAGAAGCACAACAGUGAGUUUGAGGUGUUGAUUUGGCCUCCAAAUUACCCAGAUAUCAAUCCAACUGUGUCAGCCAGUGUGGUUGUGUUGGUCACUCUGGUACGAACAACACGCCCGUGGUGAUACUACGAUCAGUUCGGGCAGGUUGUUCCAUCUUCUUCACUCCCAAUUCUGGAGGUAGUCUGAUAAAACCCGGCUGUGCUUUUGUGAUUAAUUGUUGUGCUUGAUUGGUUUCUCUCUCCUCUGUUUAAUUUUAAACAAGUUUUUGACAGAUUCAUAAACUGUACUUUCUUAUUUUUAGGUCAGGUCAUCUAAUAAAUUUGUUAAUCCCUCUUUAGACAAACCAAGCAGCUCGUGUUUACACAAACUCAGAGCGAACAAGAAAAACAGAAAAAGCGAGUCGGACCAGCGAGGCUGAGCUGCUUUUUAUGAUUACUUUUAUGAAAAUCACUGAGCUCUGACUGUAAAUGAAGAAAGACAACAAAGACUGUUCAUUUUGAAACUGUAUAUAAAAGAUAUACAGCCAGCCACUGUGGCAUCACCCUCUGGUUUCCUGUUAUUUAAUUAGACUAAGUUGUAAGUUUGUGCCAACAUAAUAUUAAGGCCUCGUUAAUCGGUUGUAGAGACGUUUAAAUAUCCUCUUUUUAUUGCAGAAAAUGUUUUUGAUUAAUAUGCCUCAUUAAUUCGUUUGAAUUUAUAAAUAGUCUCAUCUACUGUUUAUUUACCUGCUGUGAUAGCAACGUUGGUCUGUCACCUUCUGAGUCUGUAUGUGUGCCAAAGUACUUAAAACUUCCUGAUAUACUUCCUGUUGCAGUAGCAGGAUGUCAUUAGUUAUGAGUACUUUGGUAUGUGUUUACAGUACUGUGCAAAACUCUCGAGACAUUCCUCA